AGAAUUCCUCAUAAAUAUAUCUUAGAGCCUUCAAGAUGGUUCUAGCAGACCUUGGAAGAAAAAUAACAUCAGCAUUACGCUCAUUGAGCAAUGCCACCAUUAUCAAUGAAGAGGUAUUAAAUGCUAUGCUAAAAGAAGUAUGUACAGCAUUAUUGGAAGCGGAUGUUAAUAUUAAACUAGUAAAGCAACUAAGAGAAAAUGUUAAGUCUGCUAUUGAUCUUGAAGAGAUGGCAUCUGGUCUUAACAAAAGAAAAAUGAUUCAGCAUGCUGUAUUUAAAGAACUUGUGAAGCUUGUAGACCCUGGAGUUAAAGCAUGGACACCCACUAAAGGAAAACAGAACGUGAUUAUGUUUGUUGGAUUGCAAGGGAGUGGCAAAACAACAACAUGUUCAAAGUUAGCGUAUCAUUACCAGAGGAAAGGUUGGAAGACCUGUUUGAUAUGUGCAGAUACAUUCAGAGCAGGAGCUUUUGACCAGCUAAAACAGAAUGCUACCAAAGCAAGAAUUCCAUUCUAUGGAAGCUAUACAGAAAUGGAUCCUGUUAUCAUUGCUUCUGAAGGAGUAGAGAAAUUCAAAAAUGAAAAUUUUGAAAUUAUUAUUGUUGAUACAAGUGGUCGCCACAAACAAGAAGACUCUUUGUUUGAAGAAAUGCUUCAAGUUGCAAAUGCUAUACAACCUGAUAACAUUGUUUAUGUGAUGGAUGCCUCCAUUGGGCAGGCUUGUGAAGCCCAGGCUAAGGCGUUUAAAGAUAAAGUAGAUGUAGCCUCAGUAAUAGUGACAAAACUUGAUGGUCAUGCAAAAGGAGGUGGUGCACUCAGUGCAGUUGCUGCCACAAAAAGUCCAAUUAUUUUCAUUGGUACAGGGGAACAUAUAGAUGACUUUGAACCUUUCAAAACACAACCUUUCAUCAGCAAACUUCUUGGUAUGGGUGACAUUGAAGGACUGAUAGAUAAAGUCAACGAGUUGAAGUUGGAUGACAAUGAAGCACUUAUAGAGAAGUUGAAACAUGGUCAGUUUACGUUGCGAGACAUGUAUGAACAAUUUCAAAAUAUCAUGAAAAUGGGCCCUUUCAGUCAGAUCUUGGGGAUGAUACCUGGUUUUGGAACUGAUUUUAUGAGCAAAGGAAAUGAACAGGAGUCAAUGGCAAGGCUAAAGAAAUUAAUGACGAUAAUGGAUAGUAUGAAUGACCAAGAACUGGACAGUACGGAUGGUGCAAAGGUUUUUAGUAAGCAGCCGGGAAGAAUCCAGAGAGUAGCAAGAGGAUCAGGUGUGUCAACGAGAGAUGUUCAAGAACUUUUGACACAGUAUACCAAAUUUGCACAGAUGGUAAAAAAGAUGGGAGGUAUUAAAGGACUUUUCAAAGGUGGUGAUAUGUCUAAGAAUGUGAGCCAGUCGCAGAUGGCAAAAUUGAAUCAACAAAUGGCCAAAAUGAUGGAUCCAAGGGUUCUUCAUCACAUGGGUGGUAUGGCAGGACUUCAGUCAAUGAUGAGGCAGUUUCAACAGGGUGCUGCUGGCAAUAUGAAAGGCAUGAUGGGAUUCAAUAAUAUGUAAAGAAGAUGCCUUAAUAUAAACUGACUUGGUUGAUUACAUUAUUUGCUGAGACCUCAGAGUUUCCCUUCUUUUUACAAACGGGGGAAAAAAAAGAGUAUUUUUCUUGCCUGUCUUGCCCUCUUCUUGUCUUAUUUCCUUCUCCUUUUCUUUUUCCUUUCUUCCAUCGGGGGGAAAAAAAGAGUAUUUUUCUUGCCUGUCUUGCCCUCUUCUUGUCUUAUUUCCUUCUCCUUUUCUUUUUCCUUUCUUCCAUCUCCUUCCCUUCUUUUGCUAUAAGGGAGAAAUAUAUGGUUUUUGUGGAAAUCCUUAUAUUUCUGCUUUAAAUUUUCUUUUAGUUUUCACCAUCAUAACACUUCUUAAGUUAAAUAAAUCAUGAUGUAAAAUUUUAGUACUUAAAGGUUUUUAAUUGUCUCAAAGGCCAAGCAUUACAUUUGUAAACAGGUCCUGGUCAGUAAAUUCCAUGAUGUCUCAAUAAAAGUGCUGUAAAAUAAAAUUCAAAGUGGUUAUAAGAAGUUGUUAACUUUCUUUAUGGUUUAAAAUGAUCAGUGUAUCAUCCAAAAAUAGACAAAAAGGCCAGUGGAUAUAUAUCAUGUAAAU